AUGCCUGAAAUGUCCUUUGCCCAAUCCUACAUUCUUGCUUCCAAGGUCAGAACAAAGUUGACCAAGGAAGCUGCCAACCCCAAGUCGUCCUUGAGAAAUUUGGUUGUCCAAGCUAACAUGUUGGAUAACUUGAUGGACUUCAUUUCCGAAGAGACUGAGAAGAGAAGCAAGCCAACCCAAGUGAAGUUUGACUUAUCUACAAGAGUUUCUGCUGGAAACAAGACCACCACUACCUCGAACUACAAGACCUCUAUCACCGAAUACGAGCUCGACUCCGAAUCGGACUCUGAUGACGACGAAGACUACUACUACGAAAACGACGACGAAGAAGAAGAGGAUUCAGACUCAGACUCAGACGACUACUACUACUACUCCGACUCCGAUGAAGUCGAAGACAUGGAAGAAGAAAACGACAUCACUGAGCUCACACAGUUGACAGCUCCAGCCUUGCCACAACGCACUGCUUCCUACAAACAAUUGCCAUACAUCAAUUUGUCGCUCAGUAGCAUCCAAGAAGAAGACGAAGAAGCCGAACAAUCUGAUGCUGAAUUGUCUCAGGACUCUGAAGUCGAGGUCGACUUUGUUGAGUCAGCCACUCCUUCAGAUGUGCCUGAGUUAUGCCACUGCAAUUCUUUAACCGAUGACGAAGAAGAAGGUGCCUUCUAUGAAGAUGCUAACUAUAUUGCUGCAACUGCCACUACCGACGAUGCUGACUUCGACAGGGCCAGACCCAAGUCACAGCCAGCAUCAGUAUCGCUUUUCAAGUGUGCCAGUCGUGAAAGUGUGGAACACCAAAGUCCCGCUCACAUGAGACAUAAUGCGAUCUACUCAUUGGAGCAUGUAUUUUAG